UGUAAACAUGGUUAUUCUGUGUUUCCUCUGUAGCCAGGAUGUUCCGUCGUGUUCUGACCAUCGUCCAGGCACAUUGCAAAAUGGGGCUCACUGCCACACUGGUCAGGGAAGACGACAAGAUUGUGGAUCUGAACUUCCUUAUUGGGCCUAAACUGUUUGAGGCCAACUGGAUGGAGUUACAGAACAAUGGCUACAUUGCCAAAGUCCAGUGUGCAGAAGUGUGGUGCCCAAUGUCUCCAGAGUUCUACAGAGAGUAUGUGGCCAUCAAGACAAAAAAGCGCAUCCUGUUUUAUACGAUGAACCCCAAUAAGUUCCGCGCUUGCCAGUUUCUCAUUCAAUUCCAUGAGCGGCGAAACGAUAAGAUCAUGGUCUUUGCUGACAACGUGUUUGCCUUGAAGGAGUACGCUAUCCGCCUCAACAAGCCCUACAUCUACGGUCCAACCUCUCAGGGGGAACGAAUGCAGAUUUUACAGAACUUCAAACACAACCCCAAGAUAAACACCAUAUUCAUCUCGAAG